UUUCAAUUCGGUGAAAAUUAUUUUAUUUCCUUUAUUUUUUAUCUAACUUUUGCAACACUUUGACUUUUACAUUAUUCACGUAACUUAAAGAAAACUUAAUAGUGUAAGAAAAUAAGAUUAUGAGUAUUGUACUCCGUAUUAGGUUUGUUUCAAAAUAUAUUUUCACAAUAUCUCAACAUUUUAUAUCAUUAAGAUAUUAAUGAGUGAAAUUAUAUACUUCGUAUAAUAUAAAAUUAAAAAAAAACGUGAAAAUAAAAAUGCUGCUAGUUUAGUACUCCGUUGCUAGUUUAGUACCCCGUAGUAUGUAAGAAACGGAAAAGCGUAAUUCAACACGGUCCAAUCAAACACAAUUAUGCUACUGUACCAUAUAAUUAACAGACAAUUAAGUACCACCAACUUUUAAUUUUUAAUUUUGUUUUGGCAACAUUACCAUCAACUAGUAGACUGCAUGUUUUCAUAUCAUGUAAAUAGGCGCUCACACGUCUUUUAGAUGUGAAGGUGCUUCUCUGUAUGCCUAAGACAUUCAAUGUCACAAUCUUAACAAAACUUUUUUAUUUCUUUACUCUUUGUUUAUUUUCAUUUGGUCUGAUUCUUUCUCAAACUAUAUAUAGUAAGACCACGAAUUUCAUGGGAAAAUACUAUUCUCUUACCACACAAAAAACACCCUCCUCUAUUCCAAUCUUUCCUUUUUUUUCCCUUCACAAAUUCUCGUAUUCGAUUUCGUUUUUCGCCUUUCUUCUCUUAGAUCUCUCUUAAUUCUUACAUUGUUCAGCUGAUCUUGUUAGUCUUACAUUCAAGAGCAAGAAAACAGAGGAAAUAUUAAGUUAGAUUAUUUUUGUUUUCAUCAUUGACUUUGAAAAGAGGGAGCAGAUUAGAUCUGUGUUGCUCCCUUAAUCACUUUCAAAUGCAUAUGCAUCGCUCAUCUUCGUCGUCGUUUUUGCCAUCAAUAUGCUCUCUUCAUACUUUCAUUGGCUUAGCCGUGAUCUUAUGUGUGUAUUUCACAUUACAGACCUCAAUAUCACUCCAAGAUAAAUCUCUUCCAUCUGAACAAAUCAAAACUACCCUUCCUUCAUCUAUUCUUCUACCUCAACGAUACGAUUCCAAUGACAUGUAUUUCCAUGAGAUUCCGACGAUGGAGCAACCACCUCCUCGCUCCAAUGAUAAAGCAGUACUCCAUUCUCCUCCGAAAGCUGAGGUCCUAGGCGGCUUAGCCCGAGACUUUGAUAUUGCUUGGGGCAAUGGUAGAGGAAAUUUUCAUGAUAAUGGUACGCUUCUUACUCUUUCCCUAGAUAAAAACUCGGGUUCAGGAUUUGAGUCUAAGAACAGAUUUCUGUUUGCAAAGAUUGAUAUGAAGAUUAAGCUCAUUCCUAAUAACUCUGCUGGUACUGUCACGACUUUUUACAUGUCCUCAAAUGGAUCCACCCAUGAUGAGAUAGAUUUCGAGUUCUUAGGUAAUGUGAGUGGCCAGCCUUAUACUAUACACACCAAUAUAUACUGUCAAGGGAAGGGAAAUCGCGAGCAACAAUUUUACUUGUGGUUUGAUCCUACCGCGGAUUUUCAUAAAUACUCGAUUCUGUGGAACCCUGCUAGAAUUGCGUUCUUCGUAGAUGAUACGCCAAUUAGAGAGUUUAACAACAUGGAAGUAUUUGGUGUGCCUUUCCCAAAUAAACAGCCCAUGAGAAUAUUUUCGAGUUUGUGGAAUGCUGAUGAUUGGGCUACACAAGGUGGAAAAGUGCAUACUGAUUGGUCCAAAGCUCCAUUUGUUGCCUCUUUUAAGAGCUUUAUAUCGAGUUCUUGUGUUUGGUCUCAUGGAUCCUCGUCGUGUGGGUCAGAGGACUUGGAUUCUGAAUCGUCGGGUUUUGAGAAUGCUUGGUUAAGGGCGGAGUUGGAUUCAAAGAGUUUAAGGAAAAUGAGACGGGUGCAACAGAAUUACAUGACUUACAAUUAUUGCAAUGAUAAGAUGAGAUUUCAUGAAGGCCUUCCUAAAGAAUGUACUAUUAAAGGGUCUAACAGAGGAAGACAGUCACAGUUUAGAUGAUUCUAUUUUCAUUUUUGUUAUUACAUUUUUUUCUUUUGUAUUUCCACCCUUUUUAUUUCCUUAAUUUAUAUCUUUUUUGUGAGUUCGUUGUAAAAUCAUAUUAGUCAUACCACGCGGGUUAAUUACAAUGUAUUACACUAUAAUAUGAAGUAUUAUUUACAUGUAA